UACGAGCAGUACGUACAAGUCAAACGCUGUCGCAGCUGAUCGUGGUAGUCGGCAGCAAAGCGCAGGCUGCGGAAGUUUUGUGCCUACGGUUUCGGGCCUCUUUAGUCCCGCAUAACGCCGGUACAGCACAAUCACUAUGGGAAACAUCCUGCUAACGUCGCCUCUGGGCACAGCGGCAACGUCUUUCGCAAAACGAAAGCGGAAAUCCACAGACGAUGAUUCCUCCGGACAAGACUCGGAGUGGGCCUCGGCGCCGAAAAGAAAGAAGCUCAUGACCACAUCCCAGUACAUCUACCGCACGCUGUUCCUGGAAGGACAAAACAGCGACGUGACCAUCGUGGCCUUGGGAAUCGAUUGGUGCCUCCACAAGGUCUACCUUUGUCAGUCUCCAUAUUUUGCAAGCAUGUUCUGUGGUGAUUGGAAAGAGAAAGAAGAAGGUGUUGUGGAGGUGGGAAUUGAAGAUCCACGAAUUACCUGUGAUGCUCUGAAGAUUGUUUUUGGCUCACUCUACCUGGAUGAAAUUGUCAUUGAGCCAGGUGAUGUGAUCCCUGUGCUGGCGACGGCAACAUUGUUUCAACUGGAUGAACUCAUUCAGCUGUGCUCUGAAAUAAUGGAAGAAACAAUCAAGCUGGACACUGUUAUUUCAUAUUACGAAGUUGCUGAACAGUACGCUCUGACACGACUGAAGCAAAAGUGCUUCGAAUGGCUGGAACGCAAUCUCACGUUCCUUGUCAAUGAGGACGCCAGAACUCUGCGGCAGAUUUCCCCUGGCCUCAUGGAGCAGCUGGUCAAAUCACCUAGACUUGUUGUUGUGCAGACAGAGUUCUCACUCUACCUUAUGGUCACGGCCUGGACUUUUUUGAGAGAGCACCCUUCUUGGGAAGGCGACCUGAAGGAGUGUGCACUGGAAGCACACAAAUACUUUAGAACGAAAUCAGGGGACUGCUUCACGCAGUGUGAAGAAGGCCAGGAAUACACAGAGGUGUACCAGGGGCUGAGAAUUGAGCAUCUCAUCAACCACCCCUUAGACGUGGUGAUGAUAGAGGAAAACAACAUCUACCCAAAAGAGUCUCUAUAUCCUGUGUUCCGUAACCAGUGGUACCAAAUGCUGAGAAUUGACCAAGGUCUCGACAAGGGUCCAAGAAACAUAGCGGAAGAAGAGUUUGACAAAUGCUGCCUGCGUUGUGGCCGAAUCCUGAUGACAGACGUACAGCACAUUUGGCGGUGGACAGGCUACAACUUUGGGGUGGACCUCAUCGUUACUUACCAAACUAGGACCAUCAAAUUUCGGCGCAAUGACCGGUCAGAGCCUGAAGUGCUACGUUCAAAUGUGGCUUGGGGCCGGAGGCAUCUACUCUACCGGCUUUCAGUGUACACAUUGGGGCCCCUAGGUGACGCUGUGUUGCUGGACUCUACAGGUCUUCGGUCGAUCACUCUUGGCAGAAAUGCUGAGACCAAGGUGCUCACCAUCGAGAAGGAGUUCAAGCUUCCUAUCAUCAUCAGCGCCAACUUUCUUGUAACCACACCACUCUCCCACGAGACCACUGAGGCUGUGCAGAGCUAACUCACCACGUGCAGUUUGAUGCCAGUGAACAGCAAAAUGUGCGAAAGUUUUCUGCUGCAGGACCACUGGGCUGUGUGUGUGCUAUCUCAUUGCAUGCUGGUGUGUAAAAAUCAAAAUAUUGGCUAGCGGCAUGUGCACUUUAUUAACAGUACAAAUUAUCACCACCACAGCGGUGCUGGACACAGGGGGACAGGAGCCUGUGAACAAUGCAACUGGAAGGAAAACAGAAUCAACUUUCUGCGAUCCAUUCGUGGAAUAAGGGAUAUGUGAAAUUCCACGAGCUGAAUUUUCCUCACACCUAAGUUUCCUUAACCAAUUGGACCAAGCUCCCGCUUGCAGCACUGCCAUAGGCUAAGUGACUUGUUCUGAAUGUUUGGAUUGAGUGAAGCGCAGCAGGGAUGGUGGCACCAGCAUUGAUGCCAUAUUUCCAAUUCUAGUCCAAGGUCCGCCAUCUUGGUCAGGCCAGACAAGGUGUGUGGGGAAGCACACUUGUGGAAUUUUCUUGCAUAUUGCCUACUCAUCAGCUGCUUCAUGUCAAGAACAGUUGCAGCUUGACUCUGCAUGCAAUGCCAAGGCUAAAUUUUGGAGCCAGCAUAGGAGGUCCCGCAAUACAUGUCUUUCCUCCUUUGGUGCUUGGUUUGGUCUUGUUUCUGUGAAUGCAGCUCCACAAGAUGCAUGUUUUCGUUUGUGUGUUAUUUCUCGUGUGAGUGUGGUGGGUUAUCUUGUGUCCACGGUCUUCCACCACUGGCGGCUAUGCCAGGAAUUGGUUUGCAAGGCAACUCCCCCUUUCCCCCACUUAGCAAGGGGCGGGGGAGGGGGCGGUACACUGUAAGAGUCCACCUAGUUGACUCUUACAGAAUACCCCCCCCCCCCCCCCCAAGGCCCAUGUGUCACAAUUAAACUUCACAUUUGUCACAAUCACUUUAUGAUUUACAUCCCAAGUGCAGUGUGUCAUGUGCAGACAUGUUAGAGAAUAUGAAAGUACCAGUAAAAAUAUGUCAUUCACAGAAGUUACAAUUUGUUUGCAUCAUAAAAGCUUUUGCAAAUUCGCUCUUGAUAUGAACUACUUGAAAUUCUCAGAGUUUGUUUUAUUACUCAUAGCAGCUAGUUUCACCUGAAACUUUGUUGCUGAUGCCUACAUCACUUGCUGUUAUACCAGAUGAUGUUUUAAUUUUUGCUUGCCUCAUCUGUAAAUGUUAGUGGCACAUGCUGUCGGUGUGCACUUCAAAAGCAGACAUCUCUUGCAGUGAGAACUCAUAACCUAGUAAUAUGCUGUGCAAAAUAAUAAAAAAAAGAAUAUUUUUAGUGAUUCAAUAAAAAUUUUGUAACGGCUUUACAAAGAAAUGAAAGGUUCGCAUAGAUGCAUGUUUGCCUUGCUCUAGCAGGAUAUAUGCAAACUUGUUUACUGAGCCGCCAAUGAAAGUGAUGUAAUCAUUUGGAAACUGUAUUUAAUUUAGGGCUACAUGUGGUACCAAACAUAUGUUCUGCCACAGUUUGUAAGCUUGUAAAAUAAGAAGCUGCAUGAGCAAGAGCUCUCUUCAAGUGCUGGCAACAAUCCAAAGGUUAGGGGAUAAACCUUAUGCUGUGUAGCCAAUCCGUACUCAGCAAGUUUUGUUUACAGCAUAAAAUUUCUGGCAAUUGCCUUCUUUCUGCAUGCUCAAAAGUUUUUAUCAUGGGCAAAGAUAAAAUAAUGUGCUUCAGCAUAAAUGAAUCCCAGCGCCAUCAUAGCAUAGGGUGGCAGGUACACCCCGAUGCUUCAUUUUAUAUGCACCAAGAAUGACAGCGAACAAGACUUCUAUGGAAAUGUUAACCAGGUGUAGUACGUUAGAGGUGCUUUUGCAAUUUUGCAAAAGUGCCUGCAAUUUCUUCUAUGCUUUCAGCUCUUACUCAAACAAAUUUCCAUCUCCUGUAAGAAGCAUUUAGAUAUAAGUGGUUCACAGCAGUUGUAGUAAGGCAGAGGAGAGGGGCUACUGAGAAAUGGGCACAGCACUACUAGGACAGCAGCCACAUGUCGGUGGGGUCAAGGUCACACUAGCAGAUAGUACGCAGUGCAACAUUGCGAUCACUGCGUGGAUGUGGAACUGAAAUUGGUUGCUGCUCAGUGUAAGGCCAUCCGUGUUAGAUCUUGAAGGUCUCUGAGGCAAGCUGGGUAUGUGCACAGGUGUUGAAAGGCAAUGUCAUAAAGUUCAACAGAGGUGCAAAGCGCAGAUGAGGGGUACAGGUAGAUGAAGUCAUGUUGGAGAAGAAAAUGAAACUUGUUGUCUGGAACAGAGGAAAGCUUUAUAGAAAAAAACAAAAAACUGAGUGUUAGCAACAAAAAAAGGAGCAAGAGCUCAGGGCAUGGUAUUGUUGAGAAGCAGCAUCCGAAGACCAAUUAGUUGCAAUAGCGCUAAGAAUGGGAGUGGUGAGCAUGACAUCAAAAGCAGCAAUGGGCCUUUCAGCAGGCUGAGCCAGGGCUUGAACUCUCCCCGAAAUAAUUUUUUAAACACUUUUGUCUCUUCUGAAUGGAAUUUUCAUUCUGUGAAGUUUGCUGAUUAUUUUGUAAUAUUGGCGUAAGAGCACUUAAUAUUGUUGAUGACAAGUAUAGAGUAGGUUUUAUUGGUCUAGAGGGCCUUUCGAUUGGCACACCCAGUAUAAAAAUAUUGCCCCUGAACUCCUUGUAAACAGCGCAUUUUGCUUCCAGUAAAAUAUUUACACUUGUUUCUGGCCACAGUGACCUCACCUAGCUGACAGUGAGGCGAUGUUAGCCCAAUAAAGCACUUAGCAAUUAGAAUUGCACCCAGUUAGAUUUUGUAAUGUGCCUGUGCUGUGAUAAUCUGCCAAGAGGGAAAUAAAGCAAGCUGUGACACAUGUUAGCCUUAAACGUAAUGACACCCUCAACACAAACAUUCUUAAUAUACGCUUCGCAAAAAAAAUUAAUUUAUUAUGAGCCCAAAAUAUUAUGCUAGCAGCCAGCAGAAGGCAUAAUUUUAGUUUCAUUAACUUGCACUGUACAGAUAUCUUUUAACCCUGAUGCAGGUUUAUCUUCUGCGGUAUUCAUUAGAUCAUCACAAAUGGCUUCAUGUCCCAUGUCACAUUUUUAUUUGUCAAAAGUGAAAACUGCACUUGUAAUGUUAUUCAUUGUUGUCAGCAAACUUUAGUAUCUGUGAUGCAUGAUUUUUUUUUUUUUUUCGCUGAAUUGCUCAGCGUUUGUGUUUUUUUGGUGUUAAACUAAUGUAAAGAAAAGGAGAGCACGAUUAGUGUGUUUUGGUGUUAUACUAAUGUACUAUACUACGAUUAUGCAAUGCACAUGUGUUAGAUUUUGUGCUAUUUUUCAGUUGUGUGAUAGAUGUGUCAUGUAUUUCAAGUUGUGUGUGUGGUUUUCUUUGUUUUUGUUUUUUCCCUAAACAAUCUCUUGUUCUGUUCUACAUUAUUCAUAUGCAUAGCAACUUCACAAUAUGCAAGGUGGCAGUUUUUGAGUAAGUGGCUGAACGAUUUCUGAAUACCAGAAAAAUAUUGCUUCUACAGUGUUAAAAUUUUAUUGCAACAAAAAGAUUUUUCUGUUUAUUUGCAUGCAGUAAAUUUUUAAAAAAAAUUUAGUGCCCCCAUUUUGCAUUGCUGGGUUUGUUACCAAUUAUUGGAAUGCUAGGCCAGGAUAAUGUAACAUUUCUAUUCCAGUGCCAUUCCUUGUUGCGCUUCUUCAGUGGUUAGAGCAGUGCUCCACCUGCGUGCUCCAUCAGCGGGAUCAGCUGGCCAUGAAAGGUGGAUAAGACUGGUGUAGAAUCAAGGGAUAGGAACCGCUACAUUACACUGGCCCUAGUUUGCUUAGCUACUGUGGUGCCAUUGUGUUUCGUUACCUUUAACAUGCAAUGGCGGUGGUAUAAAAAUUCAGCAUGCAGAUUGUUUAGUGAGCAUGGACUGCUUAUUCUGCAUGUUUGUGGCAGAAAUGCUGUUUGGUGUUGUGCUGUUUCAGUGCAAAUGUUGACAUUAUCCAUGAAAGAGCUCGCCCGUUAAGUAAUUUGAGAUUGAGUUGCAUGACCUGUAUAUGGCGAGACAAAGUGCCUUGCCAGUGACGAAAUGUUUGGAGUUGUGAUGCUGAGAAUCUGCUUUUGUAUUUACACUUUGUUUCCUUGGCGUUUUUCGACGUGCAAGUGUCUUGAAGCAUUUGCAGAACUAUUUGUGACGUGAACUACUGUUUGAAGAGGUUUGUGCUUGUUUGAAGAGGUUUGUGCUUGUUUUUUAUGCGUGUGUGCACCGGUGUAGAAGAAUUCUUUUGUUGUUGUUGUUGUCUACGGUUGUGCAGGCGCGCACAUUUCUACAGUUGUAUAGGUGCAUCCAUUUUUACGUUUUGUUGCAAGUCCAAAUGCCUGGACUUGGAUAUUUGUAAUAAAUAUUAGGCAUUUAGGUCAUGAAGCUUCACAACAAAGGGCAUAAAGUGGAAGUAUAUGGGCUAGUAGCCAAUGACUGAAAUUUAUUUGUUGGUCCUUCUUUUACAGCAUAACAAAUGUACAUUUCACAAGUCA